AUGGUACGGAUGAUGAUGAACAAAGAUAUGUUACUUCAUCAUCAACAACAAGUGGAGGAAAACAUGUCGAAUCUAACAUCAGCUUCAGGAGAUCAAGCAAGUGUGUCUUCAGGAAACAGAACUGAAACUAGUGGCUCCAACUUUCAUUACAACAUUAAUCCAAACCAGCAACAAGAACAGUGUUUUGUUCCACAAUCAUCUCAAAAGAAGAAGAGAAACCAACCAGGCAAUCCCGACCCAGAAGCAGAAGUGAUGGCUUUAUCACCAAAAACACUAAUGGCAACAAACAGAUUCAUAUGCGAGAUCUGUAACAAAGGGUUUCAAAGAGACCAGAACUUGCAACUUCACAAGAGAGGACACAAUCUACCAUGGAAGCUCAAGCAAAGAUCAACCAAAGAUGUGAUAAGGAAGAAAGUGUAUGUCUGUCCUGAGCCAAGCUGUGUCCAUCAUCACCCAUCAAGAGCUCUGGGAGACUUAACCGGAAUCAAGAAGCAUUUCUUCAGAAAACAUGGCGAGAAAAAAUGGAAAUGCGAAAAGUGUUCGAAGAAAUAUGCGGUGCAAUCAGAUUGGAAGGCUCAUGCUAAGACUUGUGGCACUAAAGAAUACAAAUGUGACUGUGGUACUCUCUUUUCUAGGAGGGAUAGUUUCAUAACUCACAGAGCAUUUUGUGAUGCAUUAGCAGAAGAGAGUGCAAGAGCCAUACCAAAUCCUAUUAUCAUCCAAUCUUCUACUUGUUCCCCUUCUCAUCAACAACAUCAUCAAACACAACAAAACAUCAACUUCUCUUCUUCUUCCCAAAACAUCAUCAGCAACAAUAACCUCCAUGGUCAUGAAUUUCCUAUGAAGCAAGAAGAACCUCAUCAUCACUUCCAAAACAUCCCUUCUUGGCUUGCCUCAGCAAACCCUAACCCUAAUGGCAACAGUGGUAAUUUCUUCCCUCUUGCUUCUUCUUCUUCUGCAACCACCGGAAGAUCCAACCUCCAUCAAUCAUCUCCGGCUAUGUCAGCCACGGCUUUGCUCCAGAAAGCAGCUCAAAUGGGUCCCAAAAAGUCAACAACUAAUCCAGAGGAAGAAGAGAGGUCGUCUUCAAGGUCAGGCUAUAACCUCAUCACGACCACGAUGGCGGGGAUGAUGACGUCGCCGUCAGAACCAGGAUUCGGAUUUCAAGACUACUAUGUGAUGAAUAAUCAUCAUCACGGCGGAGGAGAAACUUUCAACGGUGGUUUUAUCGGCGGAGUUGAGAAGAACGACGUCGGCGCCGGCGACAGUGGAGGAGAGACGAGGGAUUUCUUGGGGCUGAGAUCGUUAAUGUCUCAUAACGAGAUUCUAAGUUUCGCUAAUAAUCUUGGUAGCUGUAUCAACAACACUUCUGCUUCGGAGCAACAACAACAACAACAUAGCCAUCAUCAAGAUUAG